AUGAAGUUUAUCAUAGAACACAUUACUUCUCCCCUCAGGAGAAGAUCAGGAUCCUACAGCCAGACUGUAAAAUCUGUCCUGCUGUAUCUCUGGGAUGUUUACUCUGCACCUACACCUGCUGGCAGAGACGUCCUCACUCUGCUGUCCCUCUGUUUCACCCUCGCCAUCAUCACCGGCGGCCUGCUUCACCACUGGCUGUCCAAGACUCUAAAAUACGACCAUGAAGCGUCUACUCAGACUUCCUGCGUUUACAGCGUGGCCAUGUUUCUGGUCUCAUUCCUCUGCCACCCUCUGCGCUGCGUGCUAACCAUGACUCUGCCCACUGUCUGUACUAAACAGGGACGCAAACUCCUCAUCUCUGCCUCUGUCAUGAUUUUAGUGUUGAACGUCAUCCCUAACAUCACAGUUAACAUAGGUGCAGUUGCACACAUCCUCAAGUGCACCGCUGAGGGUUUUACAAAGACUUUAUUAAACACGUCUGAUCCUUUGAACAAAGCGAAGCGAGACCUUGUUGAACAAGCCAUCAAGGUGAAGAGAGAAGACUUAAGCAUUGUCACUAACUUGAGGAGGUUGGAUGAUUUUACACAUGUUAAUGUGUCAGCAGUCAAAAGCAGGUUUACUGAGAUGAUUGGGCAAAUAGAGGUCAACUUCUCCCAGGCCAGGAACCUGCUGAAAGAAUGCAAACUGCUGUCGAACCGGAUCCUUGCUGCUAUUUUUGUUGCUUUACUAAUAUUUGAAUCUGCACGCUACUUGAAAUCUUAUCUGACGUCAGUUCAGUUUGAUAAUGGCUACCUCUCCCAGGAGCUCCUGAAAGAAGCUGCUCCUGCUGGCAGCCAAAGGCCAGCUACAAAUAAAAUCAGUGCCACAAGCUGUAGAAUAACAAGUCAGGAAUGUACCUCUUGUCUUAUAUCACUAGUUGUAGUAACAUUAUAUUACAUUGCAAUAACUUUAAUUGUGGCUUUGGAUCAUGUUGUGUAUCAUAUAAUUCAGGUGAUAUUGCCGUGGUUACUGGAUUUUCCUCCUACAUCUGCUGGGAUAAGUGUCAGUUAUAAGGUUCAAUCAUUUCUCCCUGCUUUAUGUAUUAUUCCAACAUCCUGCAACACACAGGAGGUGAUAAACUUCCACCGGGAUUACAAGUGGACCUUCAGCCCCGAGCCAUCGCUCUGUGAUGUGAAAACUUCAGCUCCAAACCUGGGAGUCACACUGCUGCUGGGGUUUCUUUGGUUAAUGAGCUACUCCCUGGUGUUUCUUGAGGUUUAUGCCCGACGCCUGCGCAGGAAAAUCUCUGCGUCCUUUUUCAGAGAGCAGGAGGAGAAGAGAAUGGCUUACUUGAUGAAGAAAAUACAAGUUAAGCUGAAUAGAAAAGAGCAAAAAGAGACUGUUUCUGUUUAA